CUAACUAGAGAAAGAAGCUAACUAAUCGUGAGAGUGGAAGUAGAGCUAACGUGAAAGGAAAAGGCAACUGUCAAAACAGCAACGGGAACAGAAUUUUCAGUGAAGUGUGAAUUCCUUUAGAUGACUACAUGAACAUAUUUCUAGCUGCUUAAUCAAAGACCGUGGUUUCAGAUGCCCGAGGAGCAUUUUGGAUACUACAUCGAUUGUCCCAUUUCCAAACGGAAACCAUCUCUGGACAGAUAGUUCGAGCUAGCUAGCUAGCUAGCUAAGUAAACCAUCCAGGAGACUUUUUAUUGUCACCUAAAAAUCCAAACUGAAUGUUUUAUCUGUCAUGAGUCCGGCCGGGUGCUCCCAUGUGAACGGUUAUAAGGUGGAUAACUGGAAACAAAAUCUUCGAGUCAUAUACCAAUGCUUUGUUUGGAGUGGUACUGCUGAGACCAGGAGACGCAAGGUGCUUGAGAGUGGUGCAGGAGGGACAGAGGUGGCCAAGUCGUGUAUUUGUCACAUGUGUGGCGCCCACCUGAACCGACUCCACUCUUGUCUCUACUGCGUGUUUUUUGGCUGUUUUACGAAGAAACACAUCCACGAGCACGCGAAAAACAAGAGACACAAUCUCGCGAUAGACUUAUUAUACGGUGGAAUUUAUUGUUUUGUGUGUCAAGACUACAUAUACGACAAAGACAUGGAGCAGAUUGCCAAAGAAGAACAGAGGAAAGCCUGGAAAUUGCAAGGUGUAGGAGAAAAAUACACAACAUGGGAGCCUACCAAGCGGGAGCUAGAAUUAUUACGACACAAUCCAAAGCGGAGGAAAAUCACUACGAACUGUACCAUAGGUUUACGAGGGUUAAUAAAUCUGGGCAACACAUGUUUCAUGAACUGUAUUGUUCAGGCCCUCACACACACACCGCUGCUUCGAGACUUCUUCCUCUCCGACAGACACAAGUGCGAGAUGCAAUCAAACUCCUGUCUGGUGUGUGAGAUGUCGCAGCUCUUUCAGGAGUUCUACUCGGGACACCGUUCACCCCACAUUCCCUUCCGGCUGUUGCACCUGGUGUGGACUCACGCACGUCACCUCGCAGGCUACGAGCAGCAGGAUGCCCACGAGUUCCUCAUCGCAGCAUUGGAUGUACUACACCGGCACUGCAAAGGGGACACCAUCCGAGACGACAAUGGGAAGAAGGCCAACAAUCCAAACCACUGUAACUGCAUCAUUGACCAAAUCUUCACUGGGGGCCUGCAAUCAGAUGUUACCUGUCAAGUUUGCCAUGGGGUUUCUACAACGAUAGAUCCAUUCUGGGAUAUCAGUCUGGACCUGCCAGGCUCAUCUACGCCUUUCUGGCCUCUUAGUCCUGGGGGAGAUGGCAGCACAGUCAAUGGAGAGAGCCACCUGUCAGGGUCCACCACGCUCACAGACUGCCUUCGCAGGUUUACACGGCCUGAGCAUCUAGGAAGCAGUGCCAAAAUCAAGUGUGGCGGUUGCCAUAGUUACCAGGAGUCCACCAAACAGCUGACAAUGAAGAAGCUCCCCAUCGUAGCAUGUUUCCAUCUCAAACGGUUUGAGCACUCUGCAAAACUGCGAAGGAAGAUCACUACGUACGUUUCCUUCCCGCUAGAGUUGGACAUGACGCCCUUCAUGGCGUCCAGUAAAGAGAGCAGAAUGAACGGGCAGUAUCAACAGACAGUUGAUGUAUUAAACAACGACAAUAAGUAUUCCUUGUUUGCGGUGGUCAACCACCAAGGCACAUUAGAGAGUGGCCACUACACCAGCUUCAUCCGCCAGCACAAAGACCAGUGGUUUAAAUGUGAUGACGCCAUAAUCACCAAGGCCAGCAUUAAGGAUGUACUCGAUAGUGAAGGAUAUCUCUUAUUCUACCAUAAACAGUUCCUUGAGUAUGAGUAGUCUUUGCGGCCACUGACUAUGAAGAACCACUGCUUCUGAAAGAGUCAAGGGACCGGGGACAGGACAAAACGCAAACACACAAACCUACCUGAAUCUCUUUGACUACCAGUCUGCUCCUCUGGUCUGGGAGGAUGAAAACAAAAGACGUGUGAAAUCAUGCAACCUUUCAAAAGAAAAAAAAAAAAGCACUGAGCUACUUCUUGGCAUCUACUUGACAAAACUGAAUGAAGAGGAGAGGAGGAGGAAGAGUUGGGCAUCGUCAGUUCCAGACUUGGGCAGAGGGAAGAGGCCCUACCCCUCACUCUCUCUCCCUUCCCCUACCUGCUGCAGGGGCAGAGUCUGAGCAUGACUUCACAUCAUGCUGAUUGGGCACAUCUGGAUUUUUAUCACAGUAUUCUGACCCCCCACCCCACCCCACCCCCUCACAUCACCCUUACACCCUCCAUUUCUCUCCCAUGGUGCUCUCGUUUCAACUGACCAAGCAUUUAACUUAAUCAUGAUGGAAGACCGUUUGUCGUCAUAUGCAUAUGGGACUAAACGCAAAAAAUGAAAAAUAAAAUCAACGUAUUAUGAACUUUGCAAGAACAUUUUUAAAGGUAUGGUUAUGAUUCUUAUCAUUUGUGAAUUUAGUUAUGAAAUACUGUAUGAAUCUAGUAUACAUCUAUUUUUUAAGAGCAAAGAAAACAUGGGGGAGCUUAAAGAUGCUGCCUUUGCCAGUUGCUGGGGAAGCGCUGCCAUGGAAACUAAACAGAUUUGGACCUGAGUGUGCUCAUGUUCCAUUAUUUACUGUGUUGAUUGUUUUAUUUUUAAGUCUGGUUGAGGGCAGGGAAUAUCUAUUUUUUUUAGCAAAACAUUGAAUUUUGAUUUUUUUUGUUUACUGGUCUUUUCAGUGUCCUUUUUUUAUUUUCAGUACAAGUCAUAUGUCCCUCACUGUCCUGGUACUGGAAAUGUUUUUGGACGUAUUAUACUUUCAUUCUUGUGGAAUUGUUGGUAUAAUGAUGGUAAUGAUUAAAUUGGCUCACCUUUGCUGUUUAUGAAUUGUAUGUUGAAUGUGAGCUUUGGGUUUCGUAAGGCAUUCUGAAAGAGAAGACAAUACAUGAACUCCAGAGGAAGUUCUUUUUACAGAGUAGAGGAGAACGCUGUGGUCUGUCCUCACUGAACACCUUGAAUGCUCUGUGCAAAAAAAAAAAAAAAAAAAAGCCCAUUUAACAGCAAUGCAUGUAACUGGGCAAUCAUGAGCUCUUAAUAUGUGAAAAAUUACCUAAAGUAAUGCCUCAAGGCCUGCUGCCCGUCAUGAUUUUUGUUCUGUAUUGUGACGAUGUAAAGGCGAUUGUGUGCGGUAUUAAAGGGUAAAGCACAUCGCAUGUUUAGGCGACCACAGCCUGGCUCAGAAUCCAUCAGUGUUAAUUUUCUCCAUGGCAACUGUGUGGUUGGUGUAGACCGGUGUGGUUCGUGGUGUGUCUUGCCUCUGCAGUGCAGUAAACCCAGUGCUCUAUUCAAUCAGUAUGCUGUCAAGUUGGACUUUAGAUAACGCACAUACACAUCGGGGUGUUGUGGUCUGUUUUGUUUGAAUAUCACUGAUUGUGUAUGUAUAAAAAAACAAUUAAAAAUAGUCACUCAUGUAUAAGAUGAGGGCCCUAACCUGUCACAAAGUAACGCCACAUUUAAAAAAAAAAAAAAAAAAAAAAAUACCACUACCCCUGGUUGUUUAGCUGCUCUGUAAUUAAAAACAAAUGCAUAUCCUUUGGUCUGCUGCAAAACCUCAGACGGAGAGCAACACUGGGUUUUGACACAGUAA